AUGAACGACUUGAACUUCCUUGACUGGUUCUGUAACUUGAGGAAUGUCCUCAAACAAGAACAUAAAUUAUAUGUCAUUGAAGAACCCGUUCCUAAUGAUCUAGUAGGUAAUGCCUCUAGAGUUGAGAAGGAUACUUAUAAGAAGUAUCUUGAUGACAUGUUAGAUGUAGGAUGUCUAAUGCUUGCCACCAUGACUCAUGAGCUUCGAAAGCAACAUAAGGAUAUGGUUGCCUAUGAUAUGAUCCAACACCUCAUGGAAUUAUAUGAAGGGCAAGCACGUCAAGAGAGGUAUGAGACCUCUAAAGCUCUAUUUCAAUGCAAAACGAUGGAGGGAACUCCUGUGAGAAAUCACAUUCUCAAGAUGAUAGGCUAUAUUGAAAGCCUUGAAAAACUUGGAUUCCCUCUAGGUGUGGAAUUGGCCAUUAAUGUCAUCCUACAAUCGUUGCCAUAUAGUUUAAGCCUAUUUUUCCUUAAUUUCAACAUGAAAGAGAUUAAUAAGACUUUGCCACAAUUACUUAGCAUGUUACGAACUGCUGAAAGUAACAUGUAA